UUCAGACCGCCACGCGCAUGCUCAGGUCUCUUUACGACUCGGCUGGCAAAGAUGGCGGAUGCACAAACCGAGAGGUCCUACCAGAAACAACCCACCAUCUUCCAGAACAAGAAGCGUGUUCUGGUCCCGGAGGGUGGGAAGGAGGCGAAGGAGAAGCUGCCCCGCUACCACAAAAGUGUCGGGCUUGGCUUUAAAACCCCAAGAGAGGCUAUUGAAGGCACUUACAUUGACAAGAAAUGCCCCUUCACUGGAAACGUCUCCAUUCGUGGUCGUAUCCUCUCUGGUGUGGUGACCAAAAUGAAGAUGCAGAGGACCAUCGUUAUCAGGCGCGACUACCUGCAUUACAUCCGCAAAUACAACCGCUUUGAGAAGAGGCACAAGAACCUGUCAGUCCAUCUGUCCCCGUGCUUCAGAGAUGUCUCAGUCGGCGAUAUUGUGACGGUGGGAGAGUGCAGACCCCUCAGCAAAACCGUGAGGUUCAACGUCCUCAAAGUGACUAAGGCUGCUGGAGCCAAGAAGCAGUUCCAGAAAUUUUAGAUCCUGUUUUAAAGUGGCAGAAGACUACAAACUUGCAUUAAAUGUUGGCGACGUGACUGAGUGCCCACCCCUCAAUAAAACCCAGAGGGUCGACGUCCUCAAAGUGACAAAGGCUGUUGGAGCCAAGACAUCCCAUCUGUCAAAUAAAAAAAAUGUGUUUAAAA